GCGCCUACCUAUUCCUUAUCCUGAGUUCCUCUGUUCCUCUGUUCCUCUGUUCCUCUGUUCCUCUGUUCCUCUGUUCCUCUGUUCCUCUGUUCCUCUGUUCCUCUACAUCCUGUCACCCUCUCAAGUCUCAAAGCUAUCAGCGUCGAUCCUAUCCUCCCCGUCAAGGAACACGACGGACACGGCAAUGAGGUGUCGUUGGACAAGGAUUCGGAAACGCUGCUGUAUGUAAACUAGACCAAGAUCCACUUUAUGUAGUGCCUGGCACCAGAUAAGCUCAAGAUAGCUGGCUGUCAGGAGAGAUAGAUCAGACGGAUCGGUGCAAUGAGAAGGGCUCUCUGGUGGACGAUUUGCUUUAUGGAUGGAUUCUGGUGGCUCGCAAAGCGUUGGAUGGAAGGAUGGAUGGGUGGAUUCUGAUGGCUUGCAAAGUGUAUGAUAAAUAGACGAGAUGAAUGGAUGGAUAGAUCGUUGCACUGGUGGCAUCAAAUGGGUAUCUGGGAUGAUGGGACGCGAACAAUACACCGACACAUACUCCCUACCGUGGAAGGCAAGUGUAUCUACACCGAUCACAGGCGCACCGCACUAUGUCUGGCCCGCCCAAUCCUGGUCGACUCUCAACAUGAACGUGGUAUUACAUGGGAU